AUGGGAACUCAAAGCAUCAAGGCGUGGUGGAAGGAAAGCACUGUAUAUCAAAUUUACCCGCCAUCGUUCUGCGACUCCAAUGGCGAUGGGGUUGGUGACUUGAACGGCAUCAUUUCCAAAUUGGAUUAUAUCAAAGCUCUCGGGGCGGAUAUUGUUUGGCUGUGUCCAAUAUUUAGCUCUCCACAGAUCGAUAUGGGCUACGAUAUUUCCGAUUACUAUGGUAUUCAUCCGCCCUAUGGAACGAUCGAGGAUGUGGAUCGUCUGGCUGCAGAGCUUCAUAAGCGAAGUAUGAAGCUAGUGCUGGACUUGGUAGUAAAUCACACUUCGGAUCAGCACCGGUGGUUUCAAGAGGCGCGUUCGUCCAAGGGAAACCCAUAUCGUGACUGGUAUAUUUGGAGGAAGCCGGUAUUUGGGGAGGACGGAAAGCCAAAUCCACCAAAUAAUUGGGAGUCAUAUUUUGGAGGUCAUGCUUGGGAGUACGAUGAAAGCUCUGGGGAGUACUACCUCCAUCUGUUUGCCCGGGAGCAGCCCGAUUUGAACUGGGAAAACACCAACGUCCGGGAUGCAGUUCAUGACAUCAUCCGAUUCUGGCUUGAUCGAGGUGCAGAUGGGUUUCGAAUGGAUGUCAUCAAUUUCGUUAGCAAAGACCAGGCUUUCCCAAAUGCCCCAAUAGUGAUUCCAGAUUCACUGUGGCAGCGCGGUGCCAAGUAUUACGCCUGUGGACCGAGGCUGCAUGAGUACCUGCAGGAGAUUGGCAAGAUCCUGAAAGAGUAUGAUGCAUUUUCUGUGGGCGAAAUGCCGGAUGUCAAUGACGUUCAGGAGGUCCUGAAGGCUGUCGGGGAUGACCGUAGCGAGCUGAGCAUGAUCUUCCAUUUUGAAGUGGUUCAUCUUGAUCACGGCCCGAAAGGCAAAUUCAGCGCCAAAACAUGGAAGAUGCGCGAGCUCAAGUCCGUGGUCUCCAAGUGGCAGACAUUCAUGUACGAGAACAAGGGCUGGAACGCGGUAUACCUUGAGAACCACGAUCAGGGCCGAACCGUUUCAAGAUUUGGCUCGGAUUCUCAAGAGCAUCGUGCCUUGUCUGCGAAGAUGCUUGCAACCUUUUUAGGGCUUCAAAGUGGUACCGUCUUCGUCUAUCAAGGCCAGGAGCUCGGCAUGGCUAAUGUCCCAAGAAAUUGGGGAAUUGACCAAUACCGUGACAUUGAGACGUUAAACCAUUGGGCCAACUCCGACAAAACCGCACUACAAGAAGCUAGCUUAGCCGAGUAUCGGCUCAAGUCCAGGGAUAAUUCACGAACACCCAUGCAAUGGAAUGGCUCACUUUAUGCUGGGUUUUCUACUAAAGAGCCCUGGAUCUCUGUGCAUGAUGACUAUCGGAUAUGGAACGCGGCGGCUCAGGUGAACGAUCCCACUAGUGUAUACCACUAUUGGGCGGAUGUUUUGCACCUGCGAAAGAAAUUUGCGGAAAUCAUUGUAUACGGCUCUUUUAAACUCAUCUCCCCGGAGGACCCGGAUAUUUUCGCGUACACACGCUCCAUACCCUCGUCUCCAACUGUGGCCGUGGUUGUUGUGAAUUUCCGCCCACGUCAAGUAACCUGGCCUGUCCCGCUGACACUGGACCUAUCUCCAUCCGGAGCCGUAGUGCUUUCAAAUUACCAUAGAUGUGAAGCGUCACCAUUCGGCAAUUCCAGUAUUGCUUUAGAACCAUUUGAGGCGUUUGUUUGGGUCGGGACACUUGGUUCUGAGUUCACAUCCUAG